AUGUUUGACCUUCAUGUACCACUUGAGGGUUGGCGAUGUGGGUUCUUCUUCAUGUCAGGGCAUGCUUGGGAAUUUGUCGAUGGGGUGUCUUUUGACAUUCGUGUGCCACUCAUGUCAACAGUUCCCAGGAAUUUUGGUGCCGAAGAUAUGACAUGUGACCAAGCUCUGGUCAUAAGCAUGGUGGAAAGUCAUCGUCGUGCUUGA